CGCGUGUCUGCGUAUUUUCUGAACUUGCGCGCGGCUGCUGGUUGAGGAAAUUGUGGGGAUGCGGCCGCUGGAGGCGGCGGAGUGCCUCCUCGUCGUUCUCUAGGGAAAACGUCGCGGCCUCGGUCCAUCGCACUUUCCUUCCUUCCCUCACCAUUUCCUUAUUUCUCUUGCCCACAUCUGUGCAUUUUUGUGCCUCCAUUUGCCUUCAUUCUCUCUCUCUCUCUCUCUCUCUCCCCCCCCCCCCCCCCCCCCCCUUCUCUCUCGUUCUCGCUCGAUUUCUUUUGCCUUAUACUGCCCGUUUGCUUGUUUCGCUUCGUUGUUUUUCUUUGCCUAUGCUAUACCCGUACGUACUUUUCUUUUCUUCGUAGUAGUCUCUCUCUCUCUCUCAACCCCUCCUGGCUCUUCGUUUUCAUUCUUGUCGCCGCUCGUCCUGCGGGCGUCGAAGAUGGCGAUGGAGGUGACUCAGAUUUUGUUAAAUGCUCAGUCGUCUGAUGGAGCGGUAAGGAAUUUGGCGGAGGAUAGUUUGAAGCAGUUUCAGGAGCAGAAUUUCGCCGUGUUUCUUUUCUCUCUCGCUAAUGAACUCGCUAACAAUGACAAGCCCUCUGAAUCUCGGCGGCUGGCAGGUCUCAUUCUCAAGAACUCUCUCGAUGCGAAGGAAGUCGCGAGGAAGGCGGAGUUCGUGCAGCGAUGGGUGUCCUUGGAUGCUAUGGUGAAACUGCAGAUCAAGGCGGCGCUUCUGGCAACCCUAGGCUCGCCGGUUCCCGAGGCAUAUCACUCGGCAGCACAGGUUAUCGCGAAGGUCGCUUCCAUCGAGCUGCCACGUGGCGAAUGGCCAGAGCUUGUUCAAACUCUGCUGCAGAACAUGGGGGCACCGGGCAAUGAGCAGCCCGCCCAUCUGAAGCAGGCCACCUUGGAGUCGCUCGGGUACGUGUGCGAGGAGGUGCUGGCAAAUGUUUUGGCCCAAGAUCAAGUGAAUAGCAUCCUGACGGCUGUCGUUCAAGGGAUGAACGCUUCAGAGACCACUGGCGUCCGUCUGGCUGCUACCAAAGCUCUGUAUAACGCUCUGGACUUCGCUCAGACCAACUUCGAGAACGAGAUGGAGAGGAGCUACAUCAUGCAGGUGGUGUGCGAGGCAACUCAAAGCCCCGACAAGUUCGUACGACUUGCGGCUUUCGAGUGUCUGGUCUCCAUAGCCUCCACGUACUACGAGAAGUUGGCGCCAUACAUGGAGGACAUUUUCCACAUCACCUCCAAAGCAACGAGGGAAGACGAGGAGCCGGUCGCGUUGCAGGCAAUCGAGCUCUGGUCUUCAAUCUGUGACGAGGAGAUCGAGAUUCAAGAAGACUUUGCUGGGGACUCGGAGAUCACCAACUACCAUUUCAUCAAGCAAGCCUUGCCGGCCCUCGUUCCUAUGCUGUUGGAAACCCUCUCCAAGCAAGAGGAGGAUCAAGACGUGGACGAAGAUGUGUGGAAUCUCUCCAUGGCAGGUGGUAUCUGUCUCGGACUGGUUGCAAGGACAGUAGGAGAUGACAUCGUCGAUAUUGUGAUGCCGUAUGUGAAGGACAACAUCACAAAGCAAGAUUGGCAUUUCAGAGAGGCAGCGACUUAUGCUUUCGGCUCGAUCUUGGAAGGUCCGACGUUGGAGAAGCUGACGCCUCUCGUCAAUUCGGCUCUGGUCUUCCUGCAGAGAGCUAUGAAGGAUACGAACAACCAUGUGAAGGACACCACGGCGUGGACGAUUGGCAGGAUCUGCGAGUUUCUGCACGGCCCGACGAUCGAGGCUCCUGUCAUCACGGCGAGCAAUUUGCCAUCCCUCUUGCAAGUCCUCCUGGAGAGUCUGAGGGACACUCCCAACGUUGCGGACAAGGUGUGUGGCGCGCUUUACUUUUUGGCGCAAGGGUACGAAGACAGCGGGAUGUCCCCCUCACCGCUCUCUCCCUUUUUCCAGGCGAUUGUUGAAGCCCUGCUGGCAACUGCAGAUAGAGAAGACGCUGGAGAGACGAGGCUCAGAGCGUCGGCAUACGAAGCGCUCAACGAAGUUGUGCGGUCGUCGACAGAAGACACGGACGCCAUCGUCGUUCAAUUGAUCCCUGUAAUUAUGGACAAGCUGCUGAAAACUCUUGAGAUGCAGAUCGUAUCAACCGACGAGAGGGAGAAGCAGACGGAGCUUCAGGCGCUCCUAUGCGGCUCUCUUCAAGUUAUCAUCCAGAAGUUGAGCGGGACCGAGUCCAACAAGUACUCCGUCCAGCAGUAUGCUGAUCAAAUGAUGGCCCUGUUCUUGAGAGUGUUCGCGUGCAGGAGUGCGACUGUGCACGAGGAAGCUAUGCUAGCGAUCGGCGCCCUGGCGUAUGCGGUCGGCAAGGAAUUCGGGAAGUACAUGCCGGAGUUUUACAAGUACUUGGAAAUGGGGUUACAAAAUUUCGAGGAGUACCAAGUUUGCUCUGUCACGGUGGGUGUCGUUGGAGAUAUCUGCCGAGCCCUAGAUGAAAAAGUUUUGCCCUACUGCGACCGUAUUAUGUCUCAGCUUUUGACAGAUCUGUCCUCUAAUCAGCUGCAUCGGAGCGUGAAGCCGCCGAUUUUCUCGUGUUUCGGCGACAUCGCACUGGCGAUCAGCGAGAGCUUCGAGAAGUAUCUGCUGUACGCGGUGCCCAUGUUACAAAAGGCUGCGGAAAUGUCGGCGCAGCAGCAGGCGAGAGGCGACGAAGAACUCAUCGACUACAAUAAUCAGCUGAGGCGUGGCAUAUUCGAAGCCUACUCGGGUAUUUUCCAGGGUUUCAAGGGGAAGAAGCCUGAGGUCUUGGCGCCGUAUGCGGAGCAUAUCAUCUGCUUCAUCGAGAAUGUGUUUCAAGACAAGGAAAGGGACGAGAUUGUGACGAAGGCUGCAAUUGGAGUUCUUGGUGAUCUGGCGGACACAUUAGGUCCAUCUGUUGGCCCGCUUUUCGGACAGCAUCCAUUCUACAGAGAGUAUGUGGAAGAAUGUCUGCAUUCAGAAGACAAUCAAUUGACAGAGACAGCAGAGUGGGUGAAGGGAAGGAUUGCUGUGGUAGUCGGUGGUGCCAGCAGCUGAAAUUGACGGAUGGAGUUGAGUCGGAGAUUCUCUUGCAGAGAUGGGGAAGGGUGGUUGCAAUGAUGCAGGGCGGGGGGGUUAAGGGUGCGGUGGGUAGGAGAGGGGCAUGUGUGCUGUUUGAGAGAGAGAGAGAGAGAGAGAGAGAGAGAGAGAGCGGCAAUUAGGAAAUAGGUGUUUUGAAGUUGAGUCAUAGUCAUUUCAUUCUGUAAUAUUGCACUGUUAUGUGUGUUAAGUCCUUGGUGGCCGGGUCUUCAUUCGGACCUGGCAAACCUUUGCCGUGGUGCAUUGCUCAUUUUGCCUACACUUCAACGGGUCAAACGGUCGUCAUGGUGAGAGGUGGAUUUCGGAGAGGGAGGUGGUGGUCGUUUCUUUCCUUCAAGCCUGGGACUCCAUCUUCUGACGAUUGCAGUCGACCACUCGUUUGUUUUUUGUUUUUUUUUUCCCCCCUUCUAGCAGGUGGUCUGUGAUAGAUGCGUCUUCUUUGGGCAGUAUGUGCAUGAAGGUGUGCUGCUGGCAUGCGAUCUCUUGCCAGUUUUUCUCCUAUCUUCUUUUAUCUCGUCUUAUUGCUACUUGUUGUUAAGCCCUUUAGUGACAGGACAUGUCCUUCUCUCCUUGUCUCGUUCCCUCUGCAAAAGUCUUGUCUGGAAGGAUGCUUGCAUGUUCUGAUUAGGUUGUUGUUCUUAUUGGUCUUUGGCGUAGCUCGUGGAGAUGAGGUAAUGGUGGCUCGGAGGAGAAGGGUUGGACUCCAGCUAGCCUCUCUUGCAGUCGUACACAGGGGGGUGUAGGAGGGAGAGGAUUUGCUGAGGCGGAGUAGUGGAACAAAGGGGAGAUUUGAGAAAAAUGGGUGGUUUGAUUUGUUGCCUUGAUUGUGAUGUUUGCACGGUUUUAGUCCAAUCUCUUACCUGUCUCAUUGCCUCUUGUUGAGCGGUCGAGUGACAUGAUGGACGCUCUCCUUCCCGUCGCUUCCCGGUCUCUUUCUUUGUUCUUUGGAAGGAUGCUUGUUUCCUCUGAUUUGUUGUCUGUAAUGGUGAGGUGCUGGUGGCUGGUUGGCUAUUCUGCGGAAAGGAGAGCGAGGGAUGGUAAUUGCUAAUUUCUGCUGCAAGCCUUGUGUUUGCGAUCACAAACGUGUGACGAUUAUUUGUCGAAAGGAGGGGCGGGGGGKGGGGAGGGGAAGGAGAGGGGUGAACCGAUGAAGGGAGAGAGCGGCGGAAAGCAGUUAGAUUUGUCCUCUUGGUCCGUUGAAGAGGCAAUCCACGGUUUGCAUUCAAUAAUUGCCUGCAGAGGGGGAGCUAUUUUUGGUUUCCCUUUGAGCAUAUUAAUUACGAGACAAUCUAGGUUCCUUUUCUCUCCCUCCCAACGAAGAGGCAUACUUUCAUUCAUUUUCUGUUUGCAGGACGCUCAUUUAUAUUAGGUGCGGAUGCAGUGGAUCACAUCGUUGCUGGUGCUGUCGGUGUUUGCAUGUUUGGAUUUGGCUGUUUACAUGAGCAUUAUUCGAAUUUGUUGAUAAUGGUUUCGAUGAUGGUUUUGAUGAUGGUUGGUUUUGAUUGCGGAAAUUAAGGCUUGAUUGAUGAGUUGAGGGGGUUAUUACAGCUGAGGCAGUCAUGGGUCAUAAUGACGACGUUGAAAAGGGGUGGUUUCGGAUAAGUAGAUGAUGCGAGCGAAUGGGUUGUUCUCCCAGGACGGAGGCAUCUUUGGAUUGGUAGAAGAGAUGGCAGAUGUGGUGGUCCCGGUGAUGCUUUCGAAGAUGGCGAUGGAGGUCGAGACAUAUGGUUCUUUGUACCAGAGGUAGGCAUUCCGCUGAGAUCGUGAUGUGGCGAGUGCAUUUGAGCCUUUGGAACAAGGCAAGCUUGCAUCUUUUUAUAUGCCCCCUUCCGAGCACUACUAAAUA